AAUCACGUAUACUGUGCUGGGGCCUUCGCUUCCUUAUUUUUCCUACUCCGAGGGGAGCGGUCAGCGUACCGUUCGCCCCUUUCCCAAUCCCUUCGACCGUCCCUUUGCGCCAUGGAUCCUGGCUGCCUGACCCCCGCCCUCGAGGGCCUCUACAUCGACGAAGUUCUCCACCUCCACUCUCUCUGGCACCGUGGCCCUCAUCGGAACCCUAACUCUCACCCCAACCCUACCCUCCGGCCGGCCAGCUGUGCCGCAUUCAAGAAAGAAACCAAGAAGAAAAAGAAGUCGAAAUCCAAGUGGGAGAAGAAGUGGGAAAGGAAGAAGCAACAACAGCAAACCUCCGCCGCUGCCUCCGACCAGCCCCCGGCCAAAGUGAAAGAAUGGCCGUGCAAUCCCACGCCGGAAGAGAAUGCUGCGCUGCCCACCUGGACUGAUCUCACCCCGCCGCCAGCCGCCUCCCAGCCCCGGCCUCCGGUCUCCGCCGAGGAGCAGGCGAGAGCCGCCGCGGAUCUGGCGCAGCAGAGCGGCCUGAAGGCCUGCGAGGACUUCUUCUCCAAGAAGGAUGGCUCCGACGACGGAGAAGAGGACGAGGAGGAUUCCAUGGAUGAUGACGAGGAGGAGACCGGGGAGGGAUAUUUCCAGUUCUUCUUGGGCCUUUUCAAGAGCGAUGGGGAGUUGAGGGAGUACUAUGAGAAAAACUGGGAGAAGGGAGACUUCAGCUGCUUGGUUUGUGGGGCGAUGGGCGUCAAGAAGUUGAAGAGGUUCGGCAACUGCGUCGGGCUCAUCCAGCACUCAAACUCCAUCUCCAAGACAAAGAGGAGGGAAGCGCACCGGGCUUUCGCGAAGGCCAUGUGCGAAGUGCUUGGUUGGGACAUCAACAGACUGCCAAGCAUCGUUCUUGAUUUGGGCAACUCACUCGGCCGGUCCUUGGCUAAAACUGUCAAUCCACAGCAGGAGAUGCAGAAAGAAGAUCGCUGUGCGCAGGAAGAUUUAUCUGUUGAAGUAGAAGAGCUUUCUAAGGAAGUUGCUGAGCGUGUGGAGACUGAUAGAGUGGACUUGAUGGACUGUAUUGAAAAAGAAGCUGAAGCUUUACCUAGUGAAAAUUUGCAGAAAGAAGUUGAAAUUGAUGAGAAAGAAAAUGAUGAAGACCUGAUGGAUUUACUAGAAACAAAAAGAAUCACAGGAUUACCAAAUAAAGACUUCAUUGACUGAAGAGAAAAGCUGCCUAAGGAAAUCAAUGAUUGUGAAGAGAUCAAUGACAGAACCUAAUGAAUGAUCUAUCAGAGGAUUAUCGAAGUGAAACAUAAUUGUCCAUUAAAGCAAAGAAAUGCUUCUAUUCAGAGAAGACCAGCUACAGCAGGACCUUUGCAACACAAGGUGGAUUUCUCCACAUGCGGUGUUAUUUAAGCGAACUGCAUUAGAGUUUCAAGAUACUCAGUAUAUGCUUUCCUAGAAACACUUAAUUAUACCUGCAAAAUGAUGUGCAAAGUAAUAUAUUUCUGUUUUUUGUAAAAUUGUCAGCGUCAUUUCUAUUUAGUUCAAUGUGAGCUGACUUUCAUAUUCUUUUUUUUUUAGUCGAAAUUCAACAAGCUGCUAUUGUAAUAUUAUCAUCUCAGUGUUGUUUCUCUUGACUCGGUAACUAUUUGUGUAUCUAUUAUCUUUGGUUAGGAAUUUGAAUAUCGUGUAGGUAGAGUCAAAGGUAAUGCAGGUCAAUACAAGGCAAUAUGGUAAUGGUAAUCAUACAAGAGAAGAUGGUCUGUCCACAAUGUUCAUAUAAGGCGAGAUAGUCGUUGUAAAAGUGGUGGAUUUUGUGCUUGGGAUUGGGAGACAGACUGCGAGAUAUGAUAAAUAUGCUUGUUACCUUGGGAUUUUGG